AUGGCCAUUACCCUAUCGCCAACUUUUACACAAAAGAACAACAUUAUCCGGGAUAUCCGUGAAGACCUCGAUGACGGUCGUCGAUUCUGGCCUAGAGAGAUUUGGUCUAAGCAUGUCGAUAACUUCGAAGACCUGUUCGACCCCAAAUGUACCGAGAAGGCCCUUGACUGCAGCUCCGAUAUGAUUAUGAAUGCUCUGGAACAUGCUUGCAAUUGUCUGUCGUAUCUUGCGGGCUUGCGCGAGCAAAGCGUAUUCAAAUUUUGCGCAAUUCCUCAAGCUAUGGCUUUGGCUACGCUGGAAUUAAGUUUUCGUAACACGGCAAUAUUCGAACGAAAUAUCAAGAUCACGAAGGGGGAUGCGUUACAGUUAAUGAUUGAGUCAAGCCAGGAUCUUGACAGUGUGAAAAAGGUCUUUUGCCGCUAUGCCCGUCGGAUUCAAAAGAAAGGUAACUCUAAGGAUCCGAAUUUCUUGAGGAUUCGUGCUGCAUGUGAAGAGGUUGGUGAUCAUAACUGA